AUGAAUCUGCCAGCUUUGGAAACGACCCAGUGUCACUCAAGAAUGAUCCCAUCGCACUCGGGUUCUCUUACACGACAACCAGAGCCCGGUUCUAGACUUGACAUCACCGAGAACUGGGGUUGGAAGCGUCUCACAUGUUCUGGCCGGCGGGGAGGGGCAGGGACGGCAGCGGGAGUGCUGGUCUCCUAG